AUGGCGAGCAGCGAGCGCGUCGGCGUCGUCGAGCGCACGACGAAGGAGACUUCCAUCAAGCUGAAGAUCAACCUCGAUGGCACAGGAAAGUGUUCUAGCAACUCGUCGAUCCCGUUUCUGGACCACAUGAUGGACCAACUCUCCUCGCACGGCCUCUUCGACAUCGAACUCGAAGCCACGGGCGACACGUUCAUCGACGACCACCACACGAACGAGGACAUCGCGCUCGCGCUCGGCACGGCGCUGUCGCAGGCGCUGGGCGACCGCAAGGGCAUCAACCGCUUCGGCAACUUCACCGCGCCGCUCGACGAGGCCCUGGUGCAGGUGGUGCUGGACCUCUCGGGGCGCCCGCACCUGACGUGCGACGUGGAGCUGCCCACGGAGCGCAUCGGGAACUACGAGUGCCAGCUGUACGAGCACUUCUUCCAGUCCAUGGCGAACACCUCCGGCAUGACGCUGCACAUCCGCAUGCUGUCAGGGAAGAACUCGCACCACAUCGUGGAGGCGACGUUCAAGGCGUUCGCGCGCGCGCUGCGGCAGGCGACCGAGGCGGACCCGCGCCGCCAGGGCACCAUCGCGUCCAGCAAGGGCGUGCUCACGCAGCAGUGA